GAGCACCUCUGCGACAUCUCUGCUUUUCUCUCCAUUCAGCGUCACACUUGGUACGGACAGAUAUGAGUAAACGCCAGUUCAAGUCACAGGCCAGCAGUGGGAGACUCGGGGGCUUUGGUGGGUUUGGCAGCUCUGGUUUUGGCUCUGGACAGUCCUCUGUUCUCUCAUAUAUACAGGAGCCUGCGGACUACUCCGGUAUCACGGACUCGAAUAUUGUCGUGGCUUUCAAGAAUUUAUCCAAGAAGGACAGCACAACCAAAGCAAAGGCCCUAGAAGAUCUUCAGGCAUCGUUGGCAAUCGUUGAAGGCGAUGUGGAGGACGCUAUCAUCAACGCCUGGGUGAAGCAGUACCCGCGAUUGUCGAUUGACAGUGCGCGCCGAGUGCGCCAAUUGGCACAUCAGUACACCGGACAGCUCGGUGUUAAGUGUGGCAAACGCAUCGCCAAACAGCUUCCCAAAAUUGCCGGGCCAUGGCUUGCAGGCACAUUUGAUAGCGAUCGAUCGGUAUCAAAGGCAGCAGAGGAGGCUUUGAAUACAGUGUUUUCGUCACCAGAGAAGAUUCAAGGCCUACGGAAGACAUUUCAAGAGUCUAUUCUGGAAUACAGCCGCGAUGCAAUACUGAACGAAACUGUCGGAACCCUGAGUGACGAGCGCUCGAUCAACGCAGAUGACGCAAAAGCCACAUAUGCUCGCGUCGUAUCCACUGCUAUCCUGAAUAUCUCGAGCUUGUUGAGUAAUCUUCCGUCAAGUGAAGUAGACAAGCAGAGGCAUACAUAUGAGGCCGUACUGGGCGAGAAAGGGUUGUGGGACUUUGUUUCGCAUGAAGAUUCGAGUGUACGAAAAGCUAUUCACCAGCUCGUGCAGCUCUGUCUGCAGAAGGAAUCAGGUCUCAUCGAGGCGAACUUGGGAGCCGUGUCCACCGCCUAUAUCUAUAAAGGCCUUGCGUCGGACCAGACUGGUUCCUCUUUGAGCUUUGUGCAAACGAUAUAUGCGCUCACUACCGCAGUUCCUACUGUUUGGACAAGUGCGUAUACGGGCAAGAAGUCUGCUCUGGGACGCCUGCGACAGUGCCUCAAGAAUGGCGCAUAUUCUGGGCCGGCAGGAUACUGGGACGUGAUGGCUAGUGUGCUUCAGAUCUUACCAGCGGAAAUCCUGCCAAAGACGUACGAUGAAGUCUCUGAUGUCUUGCUGGCUGCACGAGAUGGUGUCAGCAAGAAGGAGGAGCGCUUCAAUGCAUCGUCAUCAUGGCCCGUAUACUUUACGCUCGUGGAUAAGCUCACGCAGAGUUCGAUGUCCGAGGACGUGGAUAAUCUUCUCGGGGCAUUCGCGAUGCCACCAGUCACCCAGUAUCUGUACCAAUCUGACGAAAGUACACGCUGGACUAUAUCCGGCGCGAAACCUGCAAAUGUAGUUUCAAAAGUCGGCACGAUUCACCGCUUACCGCCUUUGCUGGAGCAAAAAUGGCCUGCCUUGGCCAACAAACUGGUGGAAAUUGCCAAGUUAUCCCAGCCUGAACAGUCAAAAGACUUUGAAAAGAGCCAAAAGCAUGUGGCUACAACAGGCGAGCGAUGGGCCGAGUUGCAACGAGAGUUCUUCGCGAAUGACUAUGGCUUCCCUGAUUCGUUGCGUGCAAUAUUCAUUCACGCCAAUACCACCAUACUGCGCGAAAGUAUCGCCUUACUGGAGAAUCGGAAUGGUAAGCCUUGGGGAGCUGCUGCAAUUGUCGAGCAACAGUUGCGUACUUGCGCGGCUGUCCUGCUGCAAGAUCAGGAAUACCACCAGAUACUGUUGGAAUUUGUGGCAAACGUACUCCCCAAGAUCUUCCUCGGACCUUCGCAAAGGCAUCUGGUGCGUUUUAUCUUGGCCCUGCACAAGGACCCAGACUUUGGCAAGUUGUUCAAUGCAAUAAUAUCACAUAUUCUGGAAGAGAGUAGCGCGACGAAUGAUGCGAAAGCGAAAGCAGUGCAUGCUCUGUUCCCAGCACAUGUACCGCAGCCGGCAGUAUCACUUGCGCAGGAACAUGCCCCAUUACAGAGCUUCUUGCACAGUCAGACUGGUGGCAAUGAUGAGGCGACUCAAGCCCUUUUUGCGAGUUUGCUCAAACUGGGUGCUGUAACACAGACGACAUCCGACACUGUGCUCGCUGCCCUCACCGAAUCGCUGUCACUGGACGGGGCUCCGCGUGAGCAUGGACUUUCCACUCUCCAGCAGCUGGCCAGAACGAACCAGUCCACUGUACGUGGCUUCAUGUCCACUGCUCGAGGGGAAGAGAUGCUCCCCGCAGUGGUCCGACUCAAGGACUCCAGCGUCGAAUCCGUAGCAGAUUCUGCUGCAGACCUCGCAAGUCUCUUAACGGCCUCUUAUGCCGAGGCACCAGCAGAGACCAAGUACGGUCUGAUACUGCAGUCACUCGAGAAAGUGUCGCACUCAUCCCUCCCCAUCGAGUCGGUCCUGGAUCUGGCGAGCAAAGUUUUCGAGAGCGAGAUUGACACUCAAAAUGUGAAAGAAGGCCUUCCAAGCAUAACAAUAUGGCGGCAAGCUAUCUGGGAUGCAUUGACGACACCAAAGAGCUCACUCACGAUACUGAGUCCAUUUGGUGGUGCUCUCCAUCUUGUAAAGCCUGCCGAAGUAACGACACACCCACAAUACGACAAUGAAGGGCUGUCCCAGGCGAUGAGAAUUGCCAUCUUUUAUGUCGCUAUUCUCAAGAAGAUCUCUCGCUCUACCCUGCCAGAACAGGACGGCGUGAGUUUGUUGGCACUACUCAACAUAUGCGUGCAUCUCGCUGAGGACGGCACCAGCAUUUCUGGCGCCAAUCAUCUGUGGCAGCCAAGUCAAGCACGUGUCCUCGAACAAGAGAUUAUGGACUUUGUGUCUGGCGCUAACGAGCUCCUUCGCGCGUACUGGGACACUGCAGCUACUGGAGUGGAGAGCAAGUCUCAAUUGUCUCUGUUCGACGAGUUGGAUUCGAUAGCCACUGAGCAUAAGGACUCGACAUUGGCCUAUUAUGCGGCUCUGGCAGCAGCACGAGCGCAUGAGAACAUAUUCGAACUUCAUGGUUCCACCGCAGCACAAUCGAAAGCCAGUGAAGACGAGCUGAGGAUCAAGCGCAACGCGAAGGAUCCUUUGGCUCUGUUAUCAUACAUCGUAGGCUUCGCCCAGCCAUUGACGGACAGUCCGCUCCUGAUGCGCCUCUGUAACGAAGCGGUGGCCGACCUCACGCAGCUACAACUCGAGUCAGAUGUCCACAGAGGGCUCGAGACCUUGGUCUUGCUGAAUGUCAUACUCCACACUCAACCCGACUUUGUGGACACGAUCGCGAAGCCGAGACUCAUCUUUCUGGUGAAACACAUUAUACCAUGGCUUGCGUCGGACGCAUCCUUGAUUAUCAAGGCUGAAGUCUGUAAGACUCUUACUGCUCUCCUACCUGCAAUGGCGGACAUGUAUGGAGAACAAUGGGGUCAAAUCGUGGGUGCAUUGGUUUCCCUCUGGAGCUCUACUACCGAUUCCUUUGCUACAGGAGACGCCGUAGAAUCUGCAAUACUGAUGACACACGCCACGCUGAAACUGUACGCUGCGUUGCGCAAGCUUGGUGCGAGUGAGGAAUCGAAUGAUGAUCUGAUUGAAGCACUGAAAGACCACGACGCGCCACUCCGACAAGGCUUACUCUCGUUGCUCAAGGCAGGCAAUGGCAUCUCCGACCUCGAACACCAGCCACGAAUGGCGACGAAUGAAUUGCUCGCACGCCAAAUUCUGCAGACUUCGUCGACGCCGCUUAGCAAUGCCGAGGAGCUGUUCCCAUUGCUAUGUGCGCCUUCACAGGCCAUCACCGGCGCAGCAUUUGAAUUGCUGCACCAACAAAUACCUCGAGCUCAGGAGCAAGUCUCGCUUGAUGCUGCGCUUGAUAACCGCAAGGCAGCAUUGCCAGACGAGCUAUUGUCCCUCGUCAUGCAGGCGCCCGACUUGGACGCUCUCGACGAAGACGCAUUCGAGGUGACGGUUCCACUACCACUGCAAGGCUAUCUGUACGCUUGGCAGCUGGUGUUUGACCACUUCCAGGGCUCCAGUUUUCGCGUCAAGGGCGAUUACGUGGAGCAGCUGAAAGAAGGGGGAUAUCUGAAUGAGUUGCUCGAACUGACCUUUAAUCUGUUGCGUCUGAAUAGCGGACACCCGGUUGACGCAUCCACCUUCAACUUGCUCGAAUACAGCUCCGGAUUGCAAGCGACUCCAGAGAAAGAAGUCCAGGCAUUGUUAGCACACCUCUUCUAUCUCUCGCUCUCACACCUACCAAGCCUCGUCAAAAACUAUCUCAACAACGAAAUCAAAUCGCGCCAAGCGCCGAAAAUGAUCGAAACGUGGACAGCAAAGUACAUUAGCCCCUUGAUCAUCGAACAAAGCUUGACAGAGGUAUCUCAAUGGUCAGAAAAGACAGUCGCAUCAGAUCCCGAUUACGAAGCCAUGACCAUCAAAACCAACCUGCGUGGAAAAGAAAUCUACGUAUCCUACCAAAUCGACGAGCAGACCAUGGCCAUGAAAAUUGUUCUUCCAGAGGCUUAUCCUUUACAAGUCGCCAAACCAGAAAGUAUCAAUCGCGUCGCAGUGACGGAACAAAAAUGGAGAGCCUGGCUUAUGAAUUGUCAAGGAACCAUUACCUUUAGCAACGGCAACAUCCCCGACGCCCUCACAUCCUUUCGCAAAAACGUCUCGGGAGCGCUCAAGGGCCACGUGGAAUGUGCGAUUUGCUACUCGAUUAUCAACGAAGCCAAAGAAUUGCCCACGAAACGUUGUCCGACGUGCAAGAAUAUGUUUCAUAAUGCGUGUUUGUUCAAGUGGUUUCGGAGUAGUAAUUCGAGUACGUGUCCGUUGUGUCGGCAGCCUUAUCAUUAUACUUAGAAGAAGAAGAGGGAAGGGGGGAAAGAAGGGAAGAAAGAAAGAUGCGAAACAGGAGGGAGGAGAAGAAGGUGGUGGGAUAGUGGUUAUGAUGUGCGUGUAUGCUGGUUGUUGUGUGGUGUGGUGGUGAAGGCUGGCUGGUGGGAUUGUCUGUCGGUGACCGCGGGCAGAGAAAGAAAGAGAGAGAGAGAGAGAGAGAGAGAGAGAGAGAGAGAGAGAGAGAGAGAGA